GCAGCCUGCGCACCGGGAGCGGAGCUGCCGACCCCUCGGGCGCGGCGCUCCGGGCCCACCUUCCCGUCUCCUCCGGACGCAGAGGGCACGGCUCGCCGGCACAAAGUUGCGGAUGCACAGCGACGACAAAGUGUGUCCUUAGCCGCUGCGUCCCUGUCACCGAUGCUACUUUUUCUGGUGCGGGGUCGCUCUUGGGUCCCGAAGUUUGGAGAAACGCUGUGAAGAGAUGCGAGUUCCAGUUACUAUGGCAAUGACAGCAGGGGCAACAACUACCUUUCCUAUGAGCAACCAUACCCGGGAAAGAGUAACUGUGGCCAAGCUCACACUGGAGAAUUUUUACAGCAACCUAAUUUUACAGCACGAAGAGAGAGAAACCAGGCAGAAGAAGUUAGAAGUGGCUAUGGAAGAAGAAGGAUUGGCAGAUGAGGAGAAAAAGUUACGUCGAUCGCAGCAUGCUCGUAAAGAAACAGAGUUCUUACGCCUCAAGAGGACCAGACUUGGCCUGGAUGACUUUGAGUCUCUGAAGGUUAUAGGAAGAGGAGCUUUUGGAGAGGUGCGGCUGGUCCAGAAGAAAGACACGGGGCACAUCUAUGCCAUGAAGAUCCUAAGGAAAGCUGACAUGCUUGAGAAAGAGCAGGUGGCUCAUAUCCGAGCAGAAAGAGACAUUUUGGUGGAAGCAGAUGGAGCCUGGGUGGUGAAGAUGUUCUACAGUUUUCAGGACAAGCGGAAUCUCUAUCUCAUCAUGGAAUUUCUUCCUGGAGGUGACAUGAUGACGUUGCUGAUGAAGAAGGACACCUUAACAGAAGAGGAGACACAGUUCUACAUCUCAGAGACUGUUUUGGCGAUAGAUGCAAUUCACCAGCUGGGCUUCAUCCACAGGGACAUCAAGCCAGACAACCUUUUACUGGAUGCCAAGGGACAUGUAAAAUUAUCUGAUUUUGGUUUGUGCACCGGGUUAAAGAAGGCUCACAGGACUGAAUUCUACAGAAACCUCACACACAACCCUCCAAGUGACUUCUCGUUUCAGAACAUGAACUCGAAGCGGAAAGCAGAGACAUGGAAGAAGAACAGGAGACAGUUGGCGUAUUCCACGGUUGGAACACCAGACUACAUUGCUCCAGAAGUAUUCAUGCAGACAGGCUACAACAAACUGUGUGACUGGUGGUCCUUGGGAGUAAUUAUGUAUGAGAUGCUGAUAGGUUUUCCACCUUUCUGUUCCGAGACACCUCAAGAAACGUACAGAAAAGUUAUGAGCUGGAAGGAGACGCUGGCAUUUCCUCCAGAAGUGCCUGUCUCUGAGAAAGCCAAGGACUUGAUUCUCAGAUUUUGUACUGAUUCUGAAAACAGAAUUGGGAAUGGUGGUGUGGAAGAGAUCAAAGGUCAUCCGUUCUUUGAGGGUGUAGACUGGGGGCACAUAAGGGAAAGACCAGCAGCUAUCCCUAUAGAAAUCCGGAGUAUAGAUGACACCUCAAACUUUGAUGACUUCCCUGAGUCUGAUAUCUUACAGCCAGUGCCGAAUACCACAGAGCCCGACUACAAAUCCAAAGACUGGGUUUUUCUCAACUACACCUACAAAAGGUUUGAAGGACUGACUCAGAGAGGCUCCAUUCCCACAUACAUGAAAGCUGGGAAAUUAUGAUGAUCACAGUCACCCGCAGCCAGAACCCAGGUAGCUGCAUCCCCAGGCUGGCUCGGCAUCAGCACCAGGCGCUCCGGGACGGUGCUGCUCUGCAGCCAGAGGCACAUUACAGCUUGGGAUCUGAGGCUGCUACGGCUAUGGGAAUGGCUCUGCUUUUUUUUUUUUUUUUUUGUAUUAACUUUAUUAUACAAAGGUACUGGAACAAAAGGAACGGACAUUCCCUCCUAACUGCACUGCCUACGUGCAUGUUGAGAGGUCCAUCCUGCCCAUGUGCUGCGCUUCAGAUUACAACACUAAUCCAGCCAGAACUGCAUAGCACUGACGGCACCGUGGCAGCCUGAGGUCGCUCUUGGUGUCCUGCUUCACUGCAGAGCCCGGGGGUCUAGAAUCAGUGAGAAGCCAUCUUCUGUAGCUGCUGUUAGAACAUUUGCCCCGUUGAUUUGGACAUUGUAGGCUAUACAUGAAGAGUUUCUGUACCAGCUCCAAGGAACUUAAGGACACUGACUUCAACAUUAGAAUUUCCUGUCAAGCUCUUAUGCAGACCCUGAGGUAGGGAAGAUAAGCUUCUGUCAGGGUGAGGACAUUUCUCUUCUUCACUCCAGCAUCCUCCAAGGCUGACUGCGCUGAGAGAGAGGGACAAUUGAUGUGCUCACAGGGAUGUACCUGAGUGAUUGUCAGCUACUCCAUUUUUAACAAGAGGGCGUAGUGUUGUUUUAAUUGGAGGAUGGUGAGCUGAGUUUCAGAAAUGACCAUGAAAGCUGCUUGUAGAACCUAGUGUGUUUUUAUUAAACUAUUUUUUUAAAUGUCAAACUUCUGAUCAAGUCAAUGGACACUGUGGAAAGCAGAGUGUGACUCACUGUGGCUUUCUGCAGAGGCGGUUCAUGUCUGCUGGCUACCCCUUGUUCCCUUGAUAGCACUAGUGCCAUUGUUUUCCAAUGAACCAAAGAUCCUGGGCAGUGGCUGUCGGGGGAGUGGAGCUCUGCUCUCCAGGGGUGCCACACUCUGCUCCUCUCCACGAGGCAGACCUUUGACAGAGGCCAGCCCUGAUCACUGUUAGCUCAUCACUGUGGUUAAAGCCCAUCAUGAAAUAAAGGAAGUGGAUGCAGGCUGGGAGGGAGUGACUGGGACUGGGCAGAAAAGUCAGCAUCAGAUUCUUGGGGUGUUUCCCUAGGGAUUACAUCAUCUUUUCUUGCCUGGCAUUUUGAUUCUGAAACAACUUUCUGAAGAGGUGUGGUUUUGUGAGUUGUAGUUGUAGUAACUUCUCAGGGAAGGAAUAGCUAAUGUUUAUCAUCUGUGAUGGGAGGCAGUGAGGCUUAUGGGAGGAAUGUCUCUCCUGAGGGGACUGAACAAUACCUUGUGACCCUUCUUUCAUCAAGGCCAUCAGCUCCUGAUGUAUUUUGGUGAGUCCUUUAAGGCCACCCAGUGUGUUCCCAUUUUGUUGCUGAGCCUGGCGAUCAAUACCACCUCUCGAGCUACUGGCUUAGCUGUAGCCUGAUGGAUCCUGUGCUGGAAUAUUUGGAGAAAGCACUGAAAAUGGUGGACGAGCCUCCCUGAUGACUUUAGCUGCCUUAAUAUCUGCAGGGUAUAUGGGCUUCUCCAGGUUGUCUGUCUCAAGAGUACUUCAGUAGCAGAGACCCCGGGCUAUAGGGAUUCUACCUUUUCUUUUAGAAUGGGACUUUUCUAGUGUGAGGGUGACUAGGUUGGAUAGGAGACUUUGCCACAUUCUAGUUGCCAUAACUAUCUAACUACCGUAGGGUGGCAGUGUUGUCAAGUCCUGGUAACUGGGGUAGGUUGAGAUGAGUGUAAAGAAGAAUCACUGAGCUUAGGUUUCCAUGAUGUAGGGACAGAGCACUCACUCCAUCUGAUUUCUGUUGUGGUUGUAAAAGCUGUGAGAGGCAGGUUUCCUGGUGGUGGAGAGGCAUUUUGGGAAGUUUGCUUUGCUGGUUGCGUCCUCCCUUGGUAUCAACAUGGCUAUCCAUUCUUCAGGAAUCUCUCACGGAAGUGUUCCCUAAGCUAGUGUAAAGGCCCCUAAAGACUGUGUCUGCCUGUUGAAGCAAAAAUAUGAGGCAUGCAGCAAAUUAUACAAAUAAUUUGCAGAGAUCCCUUGAGACUGACCUUUUUUUCAUUAUACAUUUCCCAUAUUUUAGGUGAGUAAUGUAAUUUAAGUGAUAAAACCCUAUCUUAAUUAACUGGGCAUAGUGACAUUUUCUCUUAAUCUCUAUUUUGAAUCAAGGAAGUUUUAUUAUAAAUAGUGGUUUGAGUUUUUCUAAGUAUAUGGAAAAUGUGUAUAAUAAUUCAGAUGUAUUGUUUUCCUGAUUGAAUAGAGACUUGUAUUUUUUCAUUAAAACCCUUGUGUUGAAGCUGUUUGUUAACAGAUAAAUCUACAGGUGUAUGAAAUCCUGGGCUAUCCAAAGUAAGGUGUGACCACUUAACCAUAGGUGGCUGGUCAGCUGUGUGAUGACGAUGCCAGCUAUGGGAUAUUAAAUACAUUCUUUGUUGCUAAGGCUUCAGAUAGGUCUCCUUUACUUCCAUAUCAGCUUAGCUCUUAAACACAUGCAUAGCUCUGGUCAAGCUAUACCUUUUCAAAUAUCCUGAAACAUACUUUGUUCUGGUGUCAAGAAUCUAAUCCACCAGUCAGUCUCUGCUGGCAAGAGAGAUCCACCCAUCUUUUGGCAGUCUACAAGUAAGUUACUUGAGGGUCAGAAAAGGGUCCUGGCACAUCCUCUCUUUGAAUUGUUAAAAGUUCAAAUUCGGAAAAUUCAAAGGCAACUGUAUUGCUAUGAUCAUGGUUAUUUCUCAUUUUUUUCCAAAAUUAUUUUCUCUGUAGAAGUGCACUUAUUUCUGAAAAAUCUUAAAGAAGCCAACACUUAAUAAAUACGAGACUUGAGACUACUAGAAAUAUUUAAGGUUUUUAUUACAAAAUGUGGGGAGAUAAAGGAAUAAAGUAAUAGAAGUGUAUUGUGGUUAUGGUUUUUUUUUUUUUUUUUUUUUUUUUUAAGCAAUAUAAUCCAGCAGUUGUCCAGAACCAACUGGCUUCUGAGCCCAUCCAGCGUUUUGAAGCCUGUUGGGCAGGGGCAUCGAGGGCCUGUUUACUCACAGCACAAUGAGAAUAAAGCCACAUUUACAAAA